AUGGAAGAAAUUCAAGCACUAGUAAUUGACAAUGGAUCUGGUAUGUGCAAAGCUGGGUUUGCAGGUGAUGAUGCUCCACGUGCUGUAUUCCCGAGUGUUGUCGGUAGACCAAGAUACUCUUCAGUUAUGGUUGGCAUGGGCCAAAAGGAUUCAUUUAUUGGUGAUGAAGCUCAAUCAAAGAGAGGAAUUCUUACAAUGAAAUAUCCAAUUGAACAUGGUAUUGUAACCAAUUGGGAUGAUAUGGAAAAGAUAUGGCAUCAUACAUUCUACAAUGAAUUACGUGUUGCUCCUGAAGAACAUCCAGUAUUGUUAACCGAACCACCACUCAAUCCAAAGGCAAAUCGUGAAAAGAUGACUCAAAUCAUGUUUGAAACAUUCAAUACCCCGGCAAUGUACGUAUCGAUUCAAGCAGUACUAUCAUUGUAUGCAUCGGGUCGUACUACUGGUAUUGUACUCGAUUGUGGUGAUGGUGUCUCUCACACUGUACCCAUCUACGAAGGGUAUUCUUUACCACACGCUAUUCUACGUCUUGAUCUUGCAGGUCGUGACCUUACCGAUUACAUGACAAAGAUCCUCACUGAACGUGGAUACUCAUUUACCACAACCGCCGAACGUGAAAUUGUUCGUGACAUUAAAGAAAAGUUGGCCUAUGUCGCUCAAGACUUUGACGUUGAAAUGCAAGUAGCUGCCAACUCUUCGCAGCUGGAAAAGUCGUAUGAACUACCCGAUGGACAAGUCAUCACGAUUGGCAAUGAACGAUUCCGUUGUCCAGAGGCACUGUUCCGUCCAUCAUUCCUUGGUAUGGAGUCUGACGGUAUCCACGAAAUCACCUACAACUCGAUCAUGAAGUGUGACAUUGACAUUAGACGUGAGCUUUACAACAAUAUCGUACUCAGUGGUGGAUCGACAAUGUUCCCAGGAAUGGCCGAUAGAAUGCACAAGGAAAUAUUCGCACUUGCACCAAGUACAAUGAAAGUUAAAGUCGUUGCUCCACCAGAACGUAAAUACUCUGUCUGGAUUGGUGGUUCCAUCCUAGCAUCACUCUCCACUUUCCAACAAAUGUGGAUCUCUAGAGAUGAAUACGAUGAAUGUGGUCCAUCCAUCGUACAUAGAAAGUGUUUCUAG